CUCUCCUUCAAAAAUAAGUGCGUCGUAAUAGAAUGAGUCAAGUCGAAAGAUCGGAGAGCGGGCGACGAACUGAAAACAAGGAGGAUAUCUCAAUCGCAAUGUAAAAGUCUUCAAUGAGAGUCCGAAACAUCGCCGUCUACGAACAUCUCAAGGCCGUGUAUGCUCGCACGAUUAUAGAUCACGAGGGGGAUCUAUACGCAACAGACAGACGAUCAUGGUCGAUCCAUAAGACACAAGGCAUACACUCUCCCACGUUCCUCGGCUCUCACAAUCAGUCUUGUCGACAGUUCGCGUACAGUUACAACAUGGGCGCGGGUCAUUGCAAAACCUUCCGGAGAAGCGCCGGCUCAAGUCGAGACACUCGAGACACAUCCGCAACAGUAAGUUUUCAGCCUUGCCUUGUGAGGAUCGAUGCGGUGUGUCAGGAGUGUUAGGACACUCGCGCUCGGACGAAAGUGGACCGCCUUGACAGAUAUGUCAUUUUUACGUUUUUUCCAGGAUACCGCAAAAGAGCAUGACUACAUUGAGGAAGUGGUGUGUAAACAGGAAGAUAUCAACGAAAAUGAGAUGAAAAUGCUACCGUUGGGAAAUAAUGAAAAGAAAAUUCUGUUGAUUAAACAGAAUGGAGAAUUGCACGCGAUUGGUACCAAAUGCACGCAUUAUGGUGCCCUGCUACAUACCGGCGCGUUAGCGGAAGGACGAGUGAGAUGUCCAUGGCAUGGUGCAUGUUUCAAUAUUAAAACUGGGGACAUUGAAGAUUAUCCAGGCUUGGAUUCUUUACCAUGCUAUAAGGUUCGCGUAGACAAAACUGGUCUUGUCCACGUAAGAGCCAAACUUACAGAGCUGAAUAUUUACAAACGUAUGAAGGAUAUGUCUGCACGUGAUCCUGAAAAUACAAAGACUGUCAUAAUAGUUGGCGGGGGACCAGCGGGUGCUACCUGUGCAGAGAGUUUGCGACAGGAGGGUUUUACAGGACGCAUCAUUAUGAUAUGCAGAGAAAACGUAAUACCUUAUGAUCGGGUAAAGGUAUCCAAAGUGUUACAUUUCAAUGUUCAUUCUGCAACAUUACGGUCGCCCUCGUUUUACAACGAGCACAAUAUUGAAACGAAACUGGGAGUAAAAGCAAUAGGUUUAGAUACGACUGAAAAUAUUGUCAAGCUGAGUAAUAACGAAAAUUUCGUGUAUGAUUAUCUAUUUGUUUGCACAGGCAGUAAAGCGAGAAUGUUAAAUGUGCCUGGAGCAAAUUUAUCGAAUAUUUUUGUUCUGCGAGAUUACACAGAUUCACAAGGCGUAUAUGCGCUUAUAUCCCCCGAGAAACAUGUAGUUCUUCUAGGAUUUGGCUUUGUUGGCAUGGAAGCCGCGGCUUAUCUUGUCGAUAAAUGCGCGUCUGUCACAGUAAUAGGACGUGAGACUGUACCCCUCAAAGCGAUAUUCGGCACAGUCAUUGGUAAUAGAAUUUUAAAAGAGCAUGAGGCAAAAGGUGUGAAGUUUAUCUUCCGAAAUAGUAUUAAGCAAUUUAUUCCUAAGGAAUGUGAAGAAAACGUUUUGGCUAAAGUCGAACUUACAGACGGCCAGAUUCUACCAGCUGAUAUAGCUAUUAUUGGAAUAGGAUCUACUUUUUACACUGAUUGGAUGAAAACAUCUUCUGUCACAAUGAGGGACGAUGGCACUAUUCCAGUAAAUAAGUAUUUAAGGACAAAUGUGGAAAAUAUAUAUGCUGGAGGUGACAUAGCUUACGCACCGAUAUAUGGAUCUGACGACACGUUCGCUGCAAUAGGUCAUUAUUCUCUAGCUCAUUAUCAUGGAAAAAUUGCUGCUCUAAAUAUAUGCAGUAAAGAAACUUCUUUAAAGAGUGUACCAUUCUUCUGGACAAAUUUAUUGGGUAGACAUUACAGAUAUGCAGGCUAUGGAACACCCACUAGUAUAAAGAUUUGUGGCUCUCUGGAUAAACUAGAUUUCUUCGCUUACUAUCUUAAAUGUGGCAAAGUAAUAGGAAUUAGCAGUGCUAAUGCCGAUCCAGUUGUGGCAGAUUUUGCAAAUUUACUUUAUGAAGGAAAGAUCUUAACAGAAGAAGAAAUUAAUACAGAUCCGUUUGGUUGGAUGAAAAAUAAACCAAAAGAUAUAACUCGGUUUCAAGAAAGCUUUUUAGUCGAUGCUUAAGUUUGAAUUGUUUAACAUGAACAAUAUAAUUUAAUGCUUUAAAAUGUUACAGUAUUAGUUUCAAUUUUUAUUUUAUA